UCGCGAGAUUUACUACGCGAGUCUGCAAAAUGUCAUCUGACAUUCGGGGAUAUAGUCUCGCCCAGGGAACUCGACAGAAAAACAUUUACUAAUCGAAUGUUGUGUGUCGUUUUUGGGGCAGCAUGUGAACCAUACAGCAACGCUACAUGAUUUUACUACAACGUUUACAGCACGUAUACAACGGAGUCUUCUGAAAAGGCGGAAAAACCAUGCUAGCCACUCCUGUGGUUAGGUUUGCUCAAUACAAUGGCAGCAGCACAUCAGCGCCACUGGACAAUACAUCUGCAUUCCCCACCUGGCUGCCUGAUUCAGAAUCUAACAUCAGCAAGCCUCACAAAUGUCUUCAAAUUCUGUAUGAGGAUGUUGGUGACUCCAGAGUGCGUUUCUGGGACAUCACUCUCCUCAUACCGAAUGUGGCCUUCUUUGUUUUCCUGAUGUGGAAGCUGCCGUCAGCCAGGGCAAAGAUUCGGGUCACGUCCAGUCCAAUCUUCAUCACCUUCUACCUGCUGGUGUUUGUCGUAGCAGCAGUUGGGAUCACCCGGGCCAUUGUAUCAAUGACUGUCAGUGCAUCCAGCUCUGCUACCAUCAUCGACAAAGUAUUAUGGGAAAUCACCCGCUUCUUCUUACUGGCCAUUGAACUCAGUGUUGUCAUUCUGGGACUGGCUUUUGGUCACCUGGAGAGCAAUUCUAGUAUAAAGCGGGUGCUGGCUAUCACAACUGUGCUGGCGCUAGCAUUUUCCAUCACACAGGGUAUUUUAGAGAUCUAUUACCCGGACAGUCACCUGUCCGCCGAGGACUUCAAUAUCUACGGACAUGGAGGGCGACAUUUCUGGUUGGCCAGCUCCUGCUUCUUCUUCUUGGUGUACUCUCUGAUUGUGGUCUUACCUAAAACUCCAGUGAGGGAGAGGAUAUCGCUACCAUCCAAGAAGAGUUUCUAUGUGUAUGCUGCCAUCCUGUCCUUGUUGAACUUCAUCCAGGGCCUGGGCAGCGCUCUUCUUUGUGCGGGAAUCAUCGAGGGACUCUGCUGUGUGGAUGUCACCACCUUUCUCUACUUCUCUGCUUUCGCGCCACUCAUCUACGUCACAUUCCUCAAAGGAUUCUUUGGCUCAGAACCCAAAAUCCUAUUCUCUUACAAGUCCCAGGUGGACGAGGCAGACGAAAGCGACGUCAACCUUCCGCCGACCGUCGCUUCAGCGCUGGGCCGCAGAGAGCUCACCGAGCAGGGCCUGUACUAUUCUUCCACCCAGUUUGACGGCUCGGGUCCCGGCGGUACGGGAGUAGUUGGGGCGUCUCUCGACGAUGUUGUUUCGGGACCUUAUGGAUCCAGCAGCAUCAACAGCAUCGAAGCCGAACAUUGGAGACCUAUUAAUGUCUAAUUACUUUCUGGGGCUCAACUUGAGCGUGUGCAACUGAGGUGAAGAGUCAAGAGCAAAAUGUAAAUGUGCUGUUUCUAUGAGACCAACGCGGUAGAGAUAUAGAUGAAGAAGUAAGGAGGGACCGUUUUUGAUCCAUUUAUCUUACGGACCCUGACUCUUAUUGACAGAUAUUUUUUAACACUGUUGCCAGUGUGCCCUGCUGCUGUCGCUCAAGCUGACUUUUUUUCUCAGCAGAUGUUCUCUCAUUCCGCUUUUCUUCUGCAAUCGCUUUGUCCUCAGUGAGGAAGAUUUCUUUAUGACACUAGUCUUAACAUGAUUUCAGAGAGUAGGGUUGGUACAUUCCCAGUGAAAUGGUGCACAAACUAUCUCCCACCAAAUAUCAAUUGUCUCUCCUCAACUGCCAUUUGUCAACGUAAUCGGCAACGUCGUGUGCUUUUGACAGGUAUAUUUCACCGUUUGAACUAAUUGCUGUCGUGUUAACAAGUCAAAGUGUUGUGUGUUGCUUUGUGAUGGGGAAGUAGAUUGAAUAUGCAUUCUGUGGUUCGGAUUACAUCUUGACAUCAGCCCAAAACACCUUCGAAACCUCAAAUGAAAGUAUUGAUUAGAGUCAUUUCAAGAAGCUAUCCACAAUUCUCUUCAUCUGAGCCAGAAAUGCCUCAUUUAGAGAAUUUGUUUUCUCUCUCCUUUUUGGCAAAACCUGCCUUAUAUUUAUGUCCCAACUGUCAUUGUUGGUUGUGUGAGUGCUCGGAAAUUCUUUGCAGUUAAUGUGAACAACGGAUAUUUGUAUUAAAACUACAUAGUAUUGACCGCGGUAACCUGCAUACUGAAAACAUACGGCGAGGGUAUAUUUGAAUGUAUUGUUUUGAGGUAACACACAAAAACAUUCUUGACCUGGCUGAUGCAAUGUUUUCUAUUUAAAUUGGGCUGAACAGCGCUCCUUGACUAGAGCAGUGAACACAGUAACUGCUUUAUUGUGCAGAAUAGCUCUAAAAUGCUUCUUUAGAUUGGAUUCCAUCAAUUGUAAAAUCGCUAUUUCCUGACAAAUCAUUCCAUGCUAUAUAUAAUAAAAAUGAUCACAGUU